CAAGAAAUAAUUAGUAAUGUUUACCCUUUGGUCGCUGGUGGAAGCAUCAUUGCUGUUCCUCAAUGCAGUGUGCGUUUUAAGUGAAGAGCGAUUCCUGGCCAAAUAUGGUUGGGGUAUGGCACAACAGGUGCAGGGAUUCGGAGAGCCCACAUCGACCAAAUCACAGCUUUUGCUGCUCGUACGAUCCAUUCGGACGGUGGCUAAAAUUCCUUUAAUAUUACUCAAUGUAGUGGCGAUAGUAUUUAAAUUACUUCUUGGCUGACGAUCCUACGUUACAUUACUUAUGCGCAUUUCUAACUGAAUAAAUAUAUCUAUGCUUAAUGUAGUAAUGGUUUACUGCUUUGUUUUGAGCGAUUUAAAUUUGU